CUGGCGCAGACAGUGUGAGUGGAUCGCCGGAUGAACCGAUCUCGUGAACGCCUGUCACACUGCGAGGGAAGUAACCUUAGCAAAUGCGGAUUGUGUCAUUUUAGCGUGUUUUCUGCGACAGGGUCGCUGUCGUUCUCGACUCAUCAUGGUCUUCGAGUCUUUAGUCAGUGAUCUUUUAAACAGGUUUAUUGGAGAUUAUGUGGAAAACCUGGACAAGUCGCAGCUCAAGAUUGGCAUAUGGGGAGGAAAUGUGGUGUUGGAAAAUCUGAAGGUGAAAGAAAAUGCUUUGAGUGAACUUGAUGUCCCUUUUAAAGUGAAAGCUGGACAGAUUGGUAAACUGACUCUGAAGAUCCCUUGGAAAAACCUUUACAAUGAAGCAGUGGUGGCAACAUUGGAUGGAUUAUACCUUCUAGUGGUUCCUGGUGCAACAAUAAAGUAUGAUGCGGUCAAAGAAGAGCGGUAUCUGCAGGAAGCCAAACAGAAGGAGCUUCAGCGCAUUGAGGAAACCCUGCAGCUGGUGGCACGCAGAGACUCUCAAGCUGGAGAGUUUGUGUUUAAUCUGGAGAGUUAUGUGUAUAAGAAUCCACCGCGGGACAAAGGACGUAAGGUUAAAAAGCAUAAAAAACCCUUUAGGAGAUCAAAAAAGUAUGAACAUAAAGCAGAGAAGCCUCAGGAAGAAAAGAAGGACACGUUUGCUGAGAAACUGGCAACACAAGUUAUCAAAAACCUCCAGGUCAAAAUCACAAGCAUUCACAUCAGAUAUGAAGAUGAUGUGUCCGAUCCUCAAAAACCUCUUGCUAUGGGUUUGACCCUUUCAGAACUCAGCCUACAGACAGCAGAUGAAAACUGGAAGACUUGUAUUCUUAAUGAAGCAGCCAAGAUCAUCUACAAGCUGGGGCGUCUGGAGUGUUUUUGUGCCUAUUGGAAUGUAAACGGCCCAAUCUUCUACAAAGACUCCUGGGAGGGGAUAGUGGAGAAGUUAAAAGCAGGAAUAAGCACAAAAAAUGAGGAACUGCAAGGCUAUCAAUACAUUUUCAAACCAAUAUUUGCCUCUGCAAGGAUGUGCAUCAACCCGAAUGCCGAAGUUGAGCUCAAGUCACCCAAAGCUAACCUGCACCUGGAAGUUCAGAACAUUGCAAUUGAGAUGACUAAAUCGCAGUACCUCUCUAUGGUGGAUCUACUGGAGUCUAUUGACUGUAUGGUGAAAAACGGCCCUUACAGAAAGUUUAGGCCUGAUGUUCCAGUCCACAGAAAUGCAAGGCAAUGGUGGAAAUACGGCAUCAGCAGUAUACUGGAAGUGCAUGUCAGGCGCUUCAACCAGAUGUGGAACUGGACGAACAUCAAGAAGCACCGACAGACGCUUAAAUCUUACAAAGCAGCAUACAAAGUCAAACUCACACAAAGUGCGAAAGUACGAGAAGACACAGAGAAGCAGAUUCAGGAGCUGGAGAAAGGCCUGGAUGUGUUCAACAUUGUAUUGGCCAGACAGCAGGUUCAGAUGGAGGUGGUUCGAUCUGGACAGAAGCUGGUUGCCAAAAAGGCUGCCACUCAGAAACAGAGUGGAGGAGGCUUCUUUAGUAGCUUUUUUGGCAAAAAAGAAGGAAAAAAGGAAGAGGAGGAUAAAGAACCUGAGAGUAUUGAUUCCAUCAUGACUGUUGAAGAGAAGUCUAAACUCUAUACAGCCAUUGGCUACAGCGGGAGCUCGCAUAACCUUGCCUUACCGAAACAUUAUGUAGCUGUGAUUGUCAACUUUAAACUGCUGAGCACUUCGGUAACGUUCAGAGAGGAGCCUGGAGUUCCAGAGAUCCUCAAAGUGCAAAUGAUUGACCUCAGUACGUCCAUCUCACAGAGACCAGGAGCACAGGCCAUAAGGGUGGAGGCUAAGCUGGAGCACUGGUAUGUGACUGGUCUGCAGCAGCAGGGUGAAGUGCCGUCCCUCAUCGCAUCACUCGGGGAUUCAAACUCUUCUCUGCUCAGUGUGCGUUUCGAGAUCAAUCCAGAGGACAGCCCUGCUGACCAGCUCCUCAGAGUGCACUCACAGCCUGUAGAGAUCAUCUAUGAUGCUCUGACUGUCAUCAGCAUCACAGAAUUCUUUAAGACGGGUAAAGGAGUUGAUCUAGAGGUCAUCACUUCAGCCACGCUCAGCAAACUUGAGGAGAUCAAAGAGAAAACCGCUACUGGCUUGUCUCACAUCAUCGAGACGCGCAAGGUGCUGGAUUUGAGGAUUGAUCUCAAACCCUCAUACCUGCUGCUGCCCAAGUCUGGAUUCUAUGAUGGCAAAUCAGAGCUCAUGAUUGUUGAUUUCGGUUACCUGCAGUUAAACAGUGUAGAUCAGGGUGGCCAUCAGCAGGUUUCUGCCAGUUUCUCAUCUUUAGAGGAAAUCAUGGACAGAGCGUAUGAAAGAUAUUCACUGGAGCUGCGCAGUGUCCAGAUACUCUACAGCAGAUCAGGAGAGAAAUGGAAAAGUGCUUGUCAUGAAGGCCUUUCCCAUCAACACAUCCUGCAGCCAAUGGACUUCACACUCCAACUGGCCAAAUGUAUGGUGGACAAGGAUGCACGAAUGCCCAGGUUCAAAGUAUCAGGUGAGCUGCCAUUGCUUCAUUUGAAGAUCUCUGAUCAGAAGAUUCAGGGUGUUUUGGAGCUGGUGGAUAGUAUUCCUCUUCCUCAGACUAGCUCCUCUCCUCCCAGCAGCCCCACUGGAAAGAAGGUGUUGGGGAUGCCGCUGUCUAAUACCAGGCCAAAGGUCUUGGCUUUAGACCCCACAGUUCUGUCCUAUGCUGUUGAGUCAGAGUCUGAUGAAGACACUAGUGAGAAGUCUGUGGAUGAAGAAUCUCUCAGAUCAACCUUGGAGGAACUGACUGAAGUGCAGUUUCAGUUUGAAGUCAAAGCGGUGUUGUUUGAGCUCACAAGGCAGGCCGCUCAGGAGGAUGUUGUAUUGGCGUUCAGUGUGUCUCAGCUGGGUGCAGAAGGCAGGAUUCGAACAUUCGAUCUCAGUGUUACAUCUUACCUCAAAAAGAUCAGCUUGGAUUACUGUGAGGAAAAAGAUGUGCAAAACCAGCCACUUCACCUAAUUACCUCUUCAGACAAGCAUGGCUCUGAUCUGUUGAAAGUGGAGUACAUCAAAGCGGAUGUGAAUGGGCCCAGCUUCUGCACCUUAUUUAAUAAUACAGAACAGACACUGAAGGUGGAGUUUUCCUCAUUGGACUUCCUGCUACACACCAAAGCUUUGCUGUCUACCAUCAACUACAUGAACUCCGCAAUACCACAAGAGCUCACAGCCAAUAAAGAGAGAGAAACCAGGCGACGAGCGGACCGAGCAGCAGCUGGGAAGACAGUGUCCAAGGGUUCGAAAGAUGCUGGUGUUGUGAACUUUAAGCUGUCUGCAGUGCUGGGAUCCUUCAGAGUGGCUGUCUGUGAUGACAGAAGCAACAUCGCUGAUAUACGGGUCCAAGGCAUUGAUGCGUCUGUGAUGGUUCAGGCAAAGGAAACAGAUGUUUUUGCCCGUCUGCGUGACAUUGUGGUUCUGGAUGUGGACCCUAAGACCAUCCACAAGAAGGCGGUGUCCAUCGUUGGAGAGGAAGUGUUCAGCUUUAAGAUGACCCUAUACCCUGGGGCCACUGAGGGGGAUGGCUACACUGACACCUCCAAAGUGGAUGGCAAAGUUAUCAUGAGACUUGGCUGUAUCCAGAUCGUCUACCUGCACAAAUUCCUCAUGUCUUUAUUGGACUCUUUUAGCUAUCAGUACCCCUCUGCUGAUGAGAUGUUUGUGGAUAAUUUCCAGACAGCAAAAGAGGCUCUCAGUGCCGCUACGGCUCAAGCUGCAGAGAAAGCAGCUUCCAGCGUGAGGGAUUUUGCACAGAAGAGCUUCAGACUCGCUAUGGACAUCAGACUGAAGGCCCCCCUUAUCAUAAUCCCCCAGUCCUCCACAUCCCACAAUGCAUUUGUGGUUGACCUGGGUCUCAUUACAGUGGGAAACCGCUUCUCGCUGCUGGCAGCUGAGGGCUUCCCACUGCCGGCUGUUUUGGAGACCAUGGACAUAAAACUCACUCAACUCAAACUAUCCAGGACUGUCCUGAAGCAUGAUGCUGAUCAUCUAGAUAUUGAGAUUUUGGAGCCCAUAAAUCUAGAACUUUUAGUCAAGCGUAAUUUGGCUGCCGCCUGGUACAACAAAAUUCCUGGUGUGGAGGUCAAUGGAGUGCUCAUGUCAAUGAACAUGUCUCUUGGACAGGAGGAUCUCGGCGUCCUCAUGAGAAUCCUAGCAGAGAACAUUGGCGAAGGAAGCAAGGCUGCUGCAGUGGAGGGAACAAAAGCUUCUGCUAAAGAUGAAGCGGUUAUAGAUGAAGGACUGAUGCAGACACUUCCAGUGGGUAUAGGGAGUCUACCUGCGUUGACCAACGGUGCUUUCACUGAGAAUGUUGUCAACGUGCUGCUCAAUUUUGAAAUCAAGAAGGUUAUGUUGAUGUUGAAAAAGUCCAAAAAUGGGGACGAGAGUCCUUUUUUGGUUCUCGAUGUAUCUCAGCUUGGAAUUGACACCAAAGUUCGAAAAUACGAUAUGGAGGCAACAACAUACAUCAAAACCAUCUCCAUGAAGUGCCUAGAAUUUCCUGAUUCAAAUGGAGAACCGCUUUGCAUAAUCAGUUCUUCAGCAGAAUCAGGAGCAGAUCUUCUUGAAGUCAAAUAUUUCAAGGCUGAUCGAAAUGGGCCAAACUUUGCAAGCCUUUACCAAAAUACUGAGCAGAAGAUGAACGUGGUGUUCUCCUCGCUUGACUUGAUGUUGCACACUGAGGCUCUGCUAUCUACCAUGGACUUCCUGUCUGCCGCUCUGUCCACCAGCAGCCUUCCCUCACCUGAGAGAGAGAGCAAAAAGUCUGAAGAUAUGAAAACUACCUCAGCUAAAUCCACUGCACUGAGCUCUCCAUCUGAUGGUGACAUCAUUGACUUGAUGGUGAAUAUGCAGCUCGGAGCAUUUAAUGUGUUAGUUUGUGACCAGAAGAGCAACAUGGCUGACAUCAAGAUUCAGGGAUUAGACGGUUCUCUUCAAAUGAAAGGAACUCAGACGCACAUGUUCACACGUCUGCGUGACUUCAUCGUCAUAAAUGUGGAUUCAAAAACAAUUCACAAGAAGGCCAUCUCCAUCGUAGGCGAUGAGGUGUUCAGCUUCAGCAUGAGUCUGACGCCCAAAGCCACUGAGGGGGCCGGCUACACAGACACUUCAAAGGUCGAUGGCAAAGUGAAACUCAACGUGGGCUGUAUUCAAGUGGUCUACCUUCACAAAUUCUUCAUGUCGUUGCUGAAUUUCAGUAAUAACUUCCAGGAAGCGAAAGAGGCUCUCAGUGCUGCCACGGCUCAGGCUGCAGAGAAAGCAGCUUCCAGCGUGAGGGAUUUUGCACAGAAGAGCUUCAGACUCGCCAUGGACAUCAAACUGAAGGCCCCCCUUAUCAUAAUCCCUCAGUCCUCCACAUCCCACAAUGCUGUGGAGGCAGACUUGGGUCUCAUUACUGUGGGAAACCGCUUCUCACUGCUCCCAGUGGAAGGCCGUCCACUGCCUGCUGUCAUAGAUAAUAUGGACAUACAGCUCACUCAGCUAAAACUGUCCAGAAUUUCCAUGGAGCUGGACUCAGAUCAGACUAGCUCGAAACUGUUGGAGCCUGUUAAUUUGGUUCUGUCGGUUAAACGUAACUUGGCAUCAUCGUGGUACCAGAAGAUGGCUGCGAUAGAAGUGGAUGGAGAUCUGAAGCCAAUGAAGGUGGCUCUGAGUCAAGAUGACCUGAGCGUCCUGCUGCGGAUUCUGAUGGAGAACAUCGGCGAGGCGAGCGACAUUCAGUCUGACACAGCACUCAGACAAGAGAAUGUGCUUGUCAGAGCUCGUACAGCGACCGGCUCUGAGAUUCUUGAGGAGAAGCUGUCGGAAAGUAAACUGAAGGAGACAGAACUGCUGGAGAGUGUCAGAUUCAGCUUUAAUGUAGAGUCUCUUGGACUCACACUCUAUAAUAAUGACCCUUCACAGCCCUGUGUGCAUGAGGAGAAGUCGUGUUUAGGUGAAUUUAUGCUGUGUAAAAUGAAGAUGUCUGGGAAAAUGCUUAAUAAUGGCAACAUGGAGGUUUCCACAAUCCUCACAACAUGUACACUGGAUGACAGAAGGAGUGGAAUUCAACGAGUCACGUCCAGGAUGCUGGGAAGGCGUGAUGAGGAGACAUCAGAGCCCAUGAUUGAUGUGACGUAUUCUCAGAGUGUGGAUGAACGUUCAGUGGUCGCUGUGCUGCAGAAGCUCUAUCUGUGUGCUAGCGUUGAGUUCUUGCUGGCUGUCGCUGACUUUUUUGUACAAGCCUUGCCCACGAGUCCACCCACACAGAGAGAGAAAACCAACCAGCUGCCACUCAAAUACGUCUCUGAACCUAAAAUCCACACUGAACCUAAAGCAGUGUAUCUAUCAUCAGUCCCAGCUCAGAGAACCAAGCUGCGAGCAGUUGUGGUGGACCCAGAGGUUGUGUUUGUGGCUAACCUAAUGAAGGCAGAUGCUCCUGCGCUGGUCGCCUCGUUCCAGUGUGAUUUCAGUCUGCUGUCAGAAGAAGCCGGUCAGACCAUGAAAGCCAAUGUCAGGAGCCUGAAAGUGCUCGCCUGCCCCUUCAUCAGAGCAGAGGGUGACAAAGCUGUGACCACAGUGCUGAGGCCGUGCUCUGUUGAACUUGAGACCAAAAUGCCAGCCAAUGCCCCGUUAGCUGGUUCAAUGACUGUGGAGGAGGUCAUAGUGAAGAUUUCUCCCAUCAUUCUCAACACCGUCAUAACCAUCACAGCAGCCAUGGCACCCAAACCCAAAGAAGAGCUGUCACAGCAGAAGUCUGGUGACCAGAACAGCCUCUGGUCUUUGAUGAGCGUCGCUAAUGCGAACUACUGGUUCCUCGGAGUGGACACAGCUUCUGAGGUCACCGAGAGCUUCACAGAUGUGGACAGCAGUAAAGAUGGAGAGACCUUCGGAUUAACGGUGAAGGUGGUGCAGGUUACGCUUGAGUCCGGUUUGGGCCAUCGGACUGUUCCUCUGCUGCUUGCAGAGUCGUCCUUCAGCGUUACGGCUCAGAACUGGUCAUCAUUGCUCAGUGUUUCUGCAGAUAUGACACUAGAGGUCAAUUACUUCAAUGAGACUCAUGCAGUAUGGGAGCCACUGCUGGAGAGGGUGGACAAUGGGAAACGCAGGUGGAACCUCAAAUUGGAUAUGAAGAAUAACCCUGUACGAGAUAAAAGUCCAGUUCCUGGGGAUGAUUUUAUUAUGCUGCCAGACCCUCGCACAGCCAUCACCAUAUGCUCCAAAGACACCAUGAACAUCACAGUGUCCAAGUGCUGCCUCAAUGUCUUCAACAACCUGGCUAAGGCAUUCUCAGAGAGCACAGCCUCCACAUUUGACCAUUCCCUGAAGGAGAAAUCUCCAUUCACCAUCCGCAAUGCUUUAGGCGUUGCUCUCAUUGUUCAGCACAGUGCAAACCUACGUGUGCCUGGCUCAUCCACACUGGGCAAAGUGCACGAAUUGGCUGUGGAUAAAAGUCUGGAUUUAGAAUAUUCCUCGUUUGAGCGUUCAUCACGACAGUCUGCCCUGCAGAGGCAGGAAAGCUGCUUAUUCAAUCUCAGCAUAGUUCCGUCAGGUUACAGUGAGAUUUCGAAUAUUCCUCUGGGCAAGCCGGGCCGCAGACUCUAUAAUGUCAGACAACCCAUGCAAGAAGAAUCGGUGUCUGUGCUGCUUCAGAUUGAUGCCAGCGAGGGCAACAAGGUCAUCACCGUACGCUCCCCCCUACAGAUAAAGAACCAUUUCUCAGUGCCUUUUGCCAUUCUAAAGUAUUCCUCUGAGCUUGGCGGAAUGGUGAAUGUGGGGGUCGCUGAGCCUGAGAAGGAGUGCCAUGUCCCUCUGGAAGCAUACAGGAGUCAACUGUUUUUGCUGCCUGUUGGUCCUUUGGAAAAACUGUAUCGUGCGUCGACCACAUGCAUUGCAUGGAAAGAGAAGGUUCACGUGAGCUCAGAGGUUCAUGCAGUGCUGCAGUGUCCUGCAACAGAGAGCAACUUCUUGCCGCUAGUGGUGAACACACUGGCCAUGCCUGAUGACCUGAGCCACAUCGCCAAUCAUGGGGAAGUGGAAUGGGACCCUGCUUACCUCAUCCAUCUGCACCCACCUGUCACAGUCAAAAACCUGCUACCCUACUCGAUCCGAUAUCUGCUGGAGGGUUCUGCAGACAUCUAUGAGCUUCAGGAGGGCAGUGCAGCAGAUGUGCUGAACUCGAACGUUAGCGGUGAAAUAAUGGAGCUUAUUUUGAUCAAGUACCAAGGUCGUAACUGGACUGGCCGUAUGAGGAUUAGCAGAGACAUGCCUGAGUUCAUCACCAUCUGCUUCAACUGCGACACCGGAGAGGCACUGACCGUGGAUGUGUGUGUGCAUGUGUCCCGUGUGAGCGGCAAAUUCAUCCUCUCUGUUCAUAGCCCAUACUGGAUCAUCAAUAAGACGUCCCGUGUGCUGCAGUAUCGAGCCGAGGAUACCUUUGUGAAACACCCGUCCGACUUCAGAGAUGUGAUUCUGUUCUCUUUUAAGAAGAAGAAUAUCUUCAGCAAGAAUAAGUUGCAGCUCUGUGUGUCCACCAGCUCCUGGUCUGAGGGCUUCUCGCUGGACACCGUUGGUAGCUAUGGAUGUGUGCGCUGUCCAGACAAAAGCGGAGACUAUCUGGUUGGGGUCAGUAUCCAAAUGAGCAGCUUUAAUCUGACGCGGAUUGUUACCAUGAGCCCCUUCUACACACUCGUCAACAAGUCCUUGUUUGAGCUGGAGGUUGGAGAGGUGCAAAACAACAAUGGCUCCAGCAACAAGUGGCACUACAUUUCCUCCACUGAGUGUUUGCCUUUCUGGCCUGAAUCCAGCACAGAGAAGCUGUGUGUGCGGGUCGUGGGAUGUGAAUCGAGCUCCAAAUCAUUCUUCUUUAACAAGCAGGACAGCGGGACUCUGUUGCGCAUGGAUCAGUAUGGUGGCGUGAUAGUGGAUGUGAAUAUCUCAGACCACUCCACUGUCAUCAGCUUCACUGAUUACUAUGAUGGAGCGGCACCUGCUUUAGUUGUGAAUCACACACCCUCAGCCACGGUCAACUUCAGACAGAGAGGUUGUGAGGAGUGUUGGGCUCUGAGGCCAGGCGAAGCUCAGCGCUUUGCAUGGGAUGAUCCAGCAGGGGUGAGGAAGCUUUGUUGGAGCUGUCAAGACCACAGUGGAGAACUGGACCUUGUCAAGGAUGAGUGCGGGCAGUUUGCUUACAGCAGCUUGGUUCAGAUUCACUGGGUGUCUUUCCUGGAUGGCCGGCAGCGGGUGCUGAUCUUCACUGAGGAUGUUGGCAUAGUCACAAAAGCGCGGCAAGCAGAGGAGCUGGAGCAGUUCCAGCAGGAAGUCAACGUCUCAUUACAGAACCUGGGCCUGUCACUCAUCAACAAUGACAUCAGGCAGGAAAUUGCAUAUGUUGGCAUUACCAGUUCUGGUGUGGUUUGGGAAAUGAGACCGAAGAACCGCUGGAAGUCCUUUAAUCACAAGAACAUUGGACUGCUGGAGAAAGCCUACCAGAACCACAUCAACAAGAGUGAUCCAGGCUGGACUAUGCUAGAAACUGGCAUAGAGGUAAACUUUGGAAGAGUGCCCAUGUUAAUGAGACAGCCGUUUUCCUGCCAGAUAAGGAGAAACUUCCUGCCUGGCAUUCAUGUUGAGCUGAAGCAGUCACCUCAUCAGAGGAGUCUACGUGCACAGCUCUAUUGGCUACAGGUGGAUAAUCAGCUGCCAGGAGCUAUAUUUCCUACUGUGUUUCAUCCUGUUCCUCUUCCAAAAUCCAUUGUUCAGGACUCAGAGCCAAAGCCAUUCAUCGAUGUGAGCAUCAUCACGAGGUUUAAUGAGCACAGCCAAGUCAUGCAGUUUAAGUACUUUAUGGCAUUAGUGCAGGAGAUGGCAGUGAAGAUUGAUCAGGGUUUUCUAGGGGCAAUCCUUGCCCUGUUUACUCCAGCAACUGACUCUCUGGACAGUAAAAAGAAGAAUAAGCUGAUACAGAAGGAUCUGGAUGCCCUGCAGGCUCAGCUAAUGGAAAGCUCUCUUACAGACACCUCAGGGCUCAGCUUCUUUGAACAUUUCCACAUCUCACCUAUUAAACUGCAUUUGAGUCUGUCUUUGGGCUCCAGUGGAGAUGAGUCUGAGCAGGGUGAUAUGGUCGCCAUCCAGUCUGUCAACCUGCUGCUCAAAAGCAUCGGUGCCACACUUACUGAUGUGGAUGAUUUGAUUUUCAAACUGGCUUACUUUGAGGUGAAAUAUCAGUUCUACCGGCGAGAUAAACUGAUGUGGGCAGUAAUCAGACACUACACUGAACAAUUUCUGACACAGAUGUAUGUGCUGGUUUUGGGUCUGGAUGUUCUUGGAAAUCCAUUCGGGCUGAUCCGGGGCUUAUCAGAAGGAGUGGAAGCUUUCUUCUAUGAGCCCAUUCAGGGAGCUGUUCAGGGACCUGAGGAAUUUGCAGAAGGUUUAGUUAUUGGUGUUCGAAGUUUACUGGGUCACACAGUGGGGGGUGCAGCUGGCAUGGUGUCUCGUAUAACUGGCUCUGUGGGUAAAGGCCUGGCAGCCAUCACUAUGGACAAAGAGUAUCAGCAGAAACGGAGGGAGGAGAUGAACAGGCCCACCAAAGACUUUGGAGAGAGUCUGGCUAAAGGAGGAAAGGGCUUCCUCAAGGGAGUGGUUGGUGGAGUAACAGGAAUUGUGACCAAACCGGUGGAAGGGGCGAAGAAGGAGGGGGCUGCAGGCUUCUUCAAGGGCAUUGGGAAAGGCCUGGUAGGAGUGGUGGCUAGACCUACAGGGGGCAUCGUAGACAUGGCCAGCAGUACUUUUCAGGGCAUUCAGAGAAGUAACCAAAGGGUGGCAGAAUCCACUGAGGAGGUGACUAAAUUAAGGCCAGUACGUCUCAUACAUGAGGACGGCAUCAUACGGCCCUACGACCACCAUGCGUCGGAGGGCUAUGACCUCUUUCAGAGAUCUGAGAUUAAACAGUUGGACGGGGAAAUCUUCAGAGAACACUACAUGUACCCAGGACACAGAAAAACAAACAUCAUGAUCACCAACAGGAGAGUGAUGUGUGUGAAGGAGAUCGAUGUGAUCGGACAUUUCAAUAAAGAAUGGGAAUGUCAGUUUGAGAGUUUCCAGAGACCUCCAUGCACAGAAGGAGGAGAUCUGAAGAUAUAUUACCGGGAACACAACAAAUUGAACCUCAUUAGGAAGGACGGACAGGCACAAGUCAGAGUGAUACACAUGAAACAUCCUGACAUGGCUGAGAGACUGCGAGAAGGAAUCGACAAUGCCCAGUUUGCACGCAAGCAACAUCAGAUGGCGAGGCAGAAAUCACAGCGCUUUAUCAAAAUGGGCAACAGUUGAAUCAUGCCUAGCAUUCAAAGCAUCAUAUAUAUUUAUAUAUGUUUUGCUUAGAAAUACAGUAUAUUUAGGCAAAUGUCUUUUUUAAACUCGCUGGAGUUUUGAAUGUAUCUCUGAAUUUUUUGGAGUUAUCUCUUUUUUAUGUUUCAAUAGAUUUAAGCACUUUGAUUUUUGCUGUCAUGUUUGAUGUAUUGAUGUAGGACAAGUUGAAUAUCAUGGUAAGAGAUUUUUGUGUUGCUAUAAAAGAAAAUCACUACAUUAUUCAACUAUAAUAUGCACUGUUUAGCUUAAUAUUCUACCAACCUUGAUUACAAGAAAUCUGGCCCGCGCCCUUAUCUUUGUUUCUAGAUCAUCCUUCCCCUGACGUUGCAUAAAUGUACUCAAAAAUGGUAGAAAUGAUGCAUAAAGUUUUUCUCCAGACAUGAGCUCUGUCCGAAAUCACAUAGCCUUAGGCGUAGCUACUUAUUUUCAUAAGGAUUUUUUUAUAUAAUAUGUAUGUGUGUGUGUGUUUUGAAUGUAAUCUUGAUAAUCUUGACUGUAAAAACAAUGAUGGCCAACACGUCACCACCUUUGUUUUUACUAUAGAAAAGAAUGGCUGCUGUCACCUUGCACCAAUGACGUCAUUAAGAGCCUGAAUGCUGAUUUAUACUUUUUGCUUAGGUGCAUGCAGCAAAUCUGAUGUCGUUACAGUGUUAGCAAUCAUUAGCUUUGAGUUUGCACAGCUCCAUACUUAAAGAUGUACAACUUGGAGCAGAGUCUUGUCGUGCUUGCUGUUUUUUUAGCAGCUUUAGAGAACAAAAUGCACUUAUUUUUAUUGUAUAUAAUGUUUUGCAUUACGCAUGCAGUUAGCAUUGAUGAAGAAUGUAGCCUAAAUUACUCAUUCACACAGUGCUAAAAGCAAACAUUUUAACGAGUGUUCUCCUAAUUCAUCCUCAACCUGUUCAUUUUAUAUAUAAUUAAAUUCAUUAAUUCAGCAACUCCACUUACUGACUUCUUCACCACUAUUUCGUCAUGAAUGUUAUUCCGGGUCGCCCCCUGUUGUUAUUAAUAAUAGUACAGCAAUGACCACUUCAAAUCUGAAAGGGUUAGUUCACCCAAAACUGAAAAUUCUGUCAUCAUUAACUAAUCCUUCUCGUUCCAUAACCAUUGCUUCUCUUCCUGAAAACAAAAGAAGAUAUUUUGAAGAAAACUGAAAACCUGUUACCAUUGACUUCCAUAGUAUUUCCAUACUAUUGACUAAGAAAGUCGAUGGUAACAAGUUUUCAGAUUUCUGUAAAAUAUCCUGUGUUUAACAGAAGAAAGAAACUCUUAAAGCUUUGGAACCCCUUGAGGGAGAGGAAAUGUUUAUAUUUAGGUGAACUAUCCUUUGAAGGACCCGCAAUUUGCAGCUGUGGGGCCAGGUGAAUGUAUUAUUCUAACUUAUGUUAACCCAGUGGUGAGCAUGAGUUGGAGCUGCAGUAUUAAAGUCCUGGCCAUAUUUACAAAACAAAAAACAAGUGCACAGUCAUGGAGGCACACCCCAUAUUUAUUUCAUCAAAUAACUAACCAACAUCAGCAUUAUAAGAAGCACCCAAAAUCCAAAUUAAAGCAUUUGGGCGAAUAUUGUAUUUGAAUUAACGGUGAGUGGGUGGGGAUUAUGACUAAUGCAGCAUCCAGCCACCAGGGGGCAAUCUGUUUGUUUUGUUUUGUUUGUUUGUCUGUUUGUUUUUUGGCUUUACGUUCCAGGGCAUGUAAAACACUGUCUUACGCGAUCCCAAAUGACAUCCUGAACUCUUGUGGUGUUCUUCUGUCUGCACUUCCGUGACCUAAUGCUGCUUUGAGGUCAAAGCUUGCUACAAUGUAUCGACAGUGCACAAUGGCUGCAAAUGGGGUGAGAGCUUCAGAGAGCUUUAAUAUUGCAUUUAUGUUCAGUAGACUUAACAGUCAUACGCAUACAUUGGCUAUUGUAUGUCCACAAGACUGUAAGUGCACAAGAAUUGUGCCAUUUUGAACUGGGCAUUGCAAUUCACAAAUCCUCGUCCACGGCCUCAUGGGAUUGUUCAUAGUAUGCACACUUCAGAAUCUUGCCUGCAGUAUUAGGUCAUCUGGGUCCUUUGUGCAUACUCUUUUAUGAUUACUAUGAACUCAGACCUACUUCUUUUGUCCCAUACUGUUUUACACCUGCUAUAUACAGUAAAUGGAAACUAUGUGAUUUCGGAUAGAGCCGUGGUGGACUAUGACUAUGCAAUAAAAGUGCAGUUUCUGCUGUUCCACAAUUAGUUUGAUUAAGAUAUGACCUUAACUCUACCUCUUCUCAGUUUUCCCACAAUGAUGUUCAGAGAAUAUGUCAAAGCACCUGGCAAUGGAUUCUCUCCAUGUUGCUAAGAAACUGGGCUUCCUGUAUGUGGGUGCAAGUGACCCCUGUUGGCCUGUUGUGGGCAGGAAAGGAGAGGUUGGUUAUCCCGUGCCCUCCACCGUGGCUCUUUCCAUGUCCUCCUAUUUCCUAUGCAUCAGUAGACCAGACAUACACCCACAGGUCAAUGCUGCUGUGUGUAGACAGCUGUAACGGGCAAAGACACCAAAAAUGUCAUAAGUAAUCUCCACUAAUCCAAAGCAAACACUAGGAAUGUCAGGCUUUAUAUAAGAAUUUCCUCUGCUUUACUGCAUGAAAGAUCUUUCCGGAAACCUAAUGUGCUGUAGUCAUGAUCAUACAUCCCAUAUUGUAUUAAAAUCUACUGUAGCUUGAUGCUGCUGUAAAUAGAAACUAUAGUAUUGCACUCUAAUUGCAUCUCCGUGAAACUUAAAUGCACUAAAUAAAUCACAUUUGGUUAAAAUAA